AAGAAAAGUAAAGAUUAAUAAAAAUCUGUUUCUAAACCGAAAAUAGAUUGUUUUCCGGAUCUCCGACUACAGUUUAUCAGAAGUGGGAUCCAUACGGCAGCUUUUGUGGUGUUGGAAAGGCUGGUGACGAGACUUCCGACGUUGUGGAGAAGGUUUUCCAGAUUUCCAAGACGAUGCCGAUUACCAGAAGUAUGGCCGAUAAGAAGAAGAAGGAUACAACCAACGACGAUAGCGGGGAAGACGAGUUUUUUGACGUGAAGAAUGAAGAGAAGGUGCUUAAGAAGAAAGAAGCUCAAGAAUCAAAUCAACAAAGCCAUAUUUGCGUGCAGCAGACUCCUACUUUUGCUCCCCACCCACAUGAUCUGGGAAAACUCAUUCCGGAGUUUUCAGAAGGAGACGGUGUUUUGAAAUGGCUACGGAGGAUCGAUCACUUUCGCAUCCUAUACGGCUGGACUGAGCAAAUGUGCUUGUUGUAUGCUACUACGCGUUUGGUGGGAGCAGCAUCUAGUUGGUAUCGUCGACAGGAGGAAAAUAUAUUUUCGUGGAUGCAGUUCAAGGACCAGUUGAUCCAAGCAUUUCCGGAAUUGUACGAUGAAGCCGAUAUUCAUCGUCAGCUAGAGGCUGCUAAGAUAGGAAAAGGAGAAUCGUACGAAUCAUUCGUAUACAGAGUUGAUGCACUUGCGCAGAAAGGAGACUUCAGCACUUCCGCCACUUUGAAAUACAUCAUCAAAGGGUUGCGUGAUGACAAGGUCUAUGGGAAUCUGCUAGCAAGACAAUACACAUCCACGCUGGAGUUGAUACGGCACAUAAAAUGGGUGGCUUCAAAUCUGGACAUGGUGCCAGCUGCUAAUUGCUCGUCGAGCGUUACACCACGGCCACCGAAGAUUACAGGCGGACCAUUGUCAGUUGUUUCGGGAAGUGAAAUCACGUGCUUCAACUGUCGAGAGCAGGGGCAUAAAUCGAUAAAUUGCACCAAGCCACCUCGUCGAGAAAGGUGUACGAAAUGUCAGAAGGUAGGACACACAGCUGAAAGGUGUUUCGCUAUGGUUCCAACUCAACCCGGAUCAAGCACAUCAAAAUGGAGCACUACAAAUGCUGUCUUCAGCGGCAGCGACGACAAAGCCAUCGUUGUUGAUUCAUCAUCACAGGUAGAAGUGGACAUCGACAGAACUCAAGACCGUUUCCGUGCCUUUGCUUUGAUUGACACAGAUAAUUAGUGCAGGAUGGCCGAGCUGUAAGCGUAGAAGCUAUAAUUGUACCACCCUAUGAUUAUUUGAAUAUGGACCCACCCUAUGAGAGAAGUCAGUUAGCUGUCAGUGGUUGUGAGGAAGCACAAGAAAAGUAAAGAUUAAUAAAAAUCUGUUUC